GGGAGGGCGGCUGCGGCGGUGCGAUGGGUCAUCGCCGCCGGUUUUGCUGAGACUCUCUCGCGUCGGCUGCCCGCUGGGGGCCCGCAGUGGCCGUGGCGGCAUGAAGGGCGCCCUGGGGAGCCCCGUGGCUGCAGCCGGCGCCGCGAUGCAGGAGAGUUUCGGCUGCGUCGUGGCCAACCGCUUCCACCAGCUGCUGGACGACGAGUCGGACCCGUUCGACAUUCUGCGCGAGGCCGAGCGCCGGCGCCAGCAGCAGCUGCAGCGCAAGAGGCGCGACGAGGCGGCGGUCGGGGUCGGCAACCGUGGCGGCAGGAGCCCUGCUGGGGCCUCGGGCCACAGAACCGGCGCGGGCAGCGGCCGGAGGGAGUCCCAGAAAGAGCGCAAGAGCCUCUCGGCCCCUGGCGCGCAGCAGCCGGACAGUCUCGGGGGCAGCCAGCAGCCGCCCGGCCAGAAGCGAACUCCUAGAAGAGGGGAGCAGCAAGGAUGGAAUGAUAGCCGGGGGACAGAGGUGGCGCUGGAUAGACCAGAGCGGAGACCCUACAGGGAAUACCGACCCUAUGAGCCUGAGAGACAGGCAGAGUUUACAGCUGAGAAGUUUACAGAUGAAAAACCAAUUGACAGGCUUGAUCGAGACCGGCUCCUGAGAGGAAGAGGUGGUGGAAGAGGGGGGAUGCGAAGCAGAGGGAGAGGUGGUCCCAUGAACAGAGCUUUAGAUGGUUUUGACCAGAGAGGGAAACGUGAAUUUGACAGAUACGGUGGGAAUGAUAAAAUAGCAUUCAGAACUCAAGACAACAUGAGUGGCUCUGGAGUUCGCAGCUGGGCAUCCGGUAAAGAUACCAGUGAUGUGGAGCAGACAGCACCGAUGGAGGAAACCGCAGCAGUGGAGGAGUCCCAGGGCAGCCAGGAAGGGGAAUCUCCGGCCAAAGUUCCUGAGUUGGAGGUAGAAGAUGAAACUCAAGUUCAUGAGAUGACCUUAGAUGAGUGGAAAAAUCUUCAAGAACAGACCAGACCAAAGCCUGAGUUUAACAUCCGGAAACCUGAAUCCACUGUUCCUUCCAAAGCAGUGGUGAUUCACAAGUCAAAAUAUAGAGAUGAUACGGUGAAGGAUGACUAUGAGGAUGAUUCCCACAUUUUUCGGAAAGUGGCCAAUGACAUCACAUCCCAGCUGGAGAUUAAUUUUGGUAACCUCCCUCGUCCCGGGCGUGGAGCCAGAGGUGGCACACGGGGAGGCCGGGGAAGGAUCAGAAGAGCAGAAAACUACCGACCCAGAGCAGAAGUGGUGACACAAGAUGUUGCUCCAAACCCGGAUGACCCUGAAGACUUUCCUGCUCUAGUGUGAAAGAGCCCCGUUUCCCUGGCAGCGUAAGACAGCAUCAACAUACCUGCUAAGAUUUUCCUUGCUGUGGGAAGAGUGUCAGACUCUAAGAACAAUAGAUGUUACUUUUUCCCGUGUAGUGUGAAUUUGUUGCACUUUUUUGGUUUGGGGGGUAUGGGGCAGGGAUUUCUCCAGGUAUUCUGGAGAGGGAAUUCCGUCAGGGGGUUAGUCUGGCAGUUUUUUAAGAAGGUGAAGAAUGGUGAUCUUUUUUUUUUAUUUAAGGAAUUCCAAAUGAAGUUCAGAAAUAAUGUUUAAAAUGUGUACAUAGAGAUUGUAUUGAAUCCUCCACAAAAGCAUGGAGAGUAACGUUAAGUUGUAAAAUAUUAUCCGUUAUUGAGACUACUUGGUAAGUUGUAUAGAUAUCUGAAGGCUGUGUCCUUUAAAGAAAAACAUAUAACUUUGAUCAUUAAUUUAAAGCAGUUACAGCUUAGUUUUCAGAGACCAAGACAUUAAAAUACAAUUGUAUUUUCAACUCUCUUGGAAGUUUUUGAGUUCUGGUUUUCAUUUUAUCAAUGAUUUUGAACGGCUAUUGUGCAGUCACUGGUUACCACUCGGACAGAAUUAGAGAAAGUGUUUAUUUUUUAAUGGUGAUUUAUUAAACUACCUCGUGGUUUCUGUGUGUAUGUAUACGUACACAAACACACAGUAACUUAGUAUAUUAUGUGUAUAGUGUCUGGGUGGUCUUUAGGAUGAGUAAUAAGUAUAUCAUUUUAAAAUCAGGUUGUUUAGUCCACUAAUCAGAUGAAAAGGAGUCCUGGCACAAAUCAGCAUAAAGACAACAACAUAUCAUUUUCUCCCUCAAAAUUAGGUGUUAGAAUUCAACAACUGUGUACCAAAUAGCUACUGUGUACAAGGUUCCCUGUCCUUGCUCUGGGCCAGACUUGUAAAUAAUUAAUAUUUAUUGACCAACAACUAUAUGCAGUUUUUCUCACUGGGUCCUGGUACCAGCUCCACUGAGUCCUUAUUUAUUGCCUUUGGUGAAAGAUUGGGGUGGGGGCUCCCCUAGAGCACCUUUAUCAACCGCACAGCUGAGAGGCACUUGCAGAGCCCCAGCUCUGUCUGCUGAGCUGCCUGAGAGGCUCUGAAUGGCCCGAGAAGGGGGCUGGGACAGAGGCAGCUGUAAGAGCCACUGCCAGAUCAUAGGUGAUACUCUGCUCUCUUUGCUGAGGAAACUAAGGGUAUUGUUUGCUGCUUGUCACCCAGUCAAUAUGUUUGUGUUGGGAUUUGAACCUUGGUCUCAGGACCCAUGUUUUUUCCCACUUUACUGCACUAGACUCUGAACUUGAACCCGAGUUGUAAAUAAAGGUUGGUAUUUCCUCCUAACUUUGUGUAUAGAAAAUUGAAUCCUUUUCGUCACACCCAGGUCAAGGGAGAAUAGUAAUGGGAAAAGGCCACAGUGCAAAGAAGAGUCUUGAAUUUGUGGAAUCAUCGAAGCUGAGCCCCUAGCCCUGUUAUGGUCAAUCAAGAAGGUCUGCUUUGGGUCACAGCCUACUUUUUGUCCUGCUAUUAAUACCCAGGUGCUAAAGUAUAGUAGUUGAUUCUUUUAUUCUGUCUCCCUGAGAGAGUUUUACUCGCUCUCCCUGAAGUGAUACCAUGAUCUAGGAAACCUUUGAGUGAGUGUCAGGACCAGCCACCACAGUUGACUGGUGCCACAGGGGGGCUGUCAUUGUUCAGCAGGUUUGAAGCUGUCCUAUUAAGUCACUUUGCCUUUGCUUUAAAGAUUGGGAAAGUAUAUCCAUUUCAAGAAAAUGCCAUUUAGUGCUGAGAA